UUUGCACCAUAUCGACGCAGUGUGUUGAAUUUUAUCGAGACAAGUGGAAAAAGUAUUUUUCUCCUCCAGACAGAUUUUCUAAUCUUUAUUGUACAAAUUAAAGUAAAUUCCAGCAAAGUAGUAGUUUGCAGACAGGAGUUAUUAUUAUCUAAAGUGCAGAUCGACUAGUAAUAGCGUCAGUCAAUUAUCAGUGAGCGUCUUAUUUCCGUUUAUCAUUGAAUACUCGGGGCAUCCUUCUCAACCUGAACUAAAAUUUCUUUGACGGUUACCGCACUCGUUGUUUGCAAUGAGUAAAAUGACCAAGAACAAACUUAAUCUAACGUUGCCCCCGGGCUCGGUAGACGUCACGGUUAGUCAACAAACUACUCCAACGCCCUCGUUCAAGACGCCCUCCGGUACGGAGUAUGUCAUCGGGAAGCACAACCUGUUGGGCAAACCCAAGAACAGCAUCGAUGCGCUAACGGAAACGCUGGAAGAGCUGGAAAUCGACGAGAAUGCUCGGAAGCGGAUAAAGGUGUUCCUGAGCCAGAAGGAGAAGAUCGGUGAGCUGAGCGAUGAGGAUCUGGAGAAGUUGGGCGAGCUGGGUUCCGGCAACGGCGGAGUGGUUAUGAAGGUACGACACAUUCCGACGGAGUUGAUAAUGGCCCGUAAGCUGAUUCACCUGGAGGUGAAACCGGCCAUCAAGAAGCAGAUCAUCCGGGAGCUGAAGGUGCUGCAUGACUGCAAUUUCCCGCACAUUGUCGGAUUUUACGGGGCAUUCUACAGCGACGGGGAGAUUAGCAUUUGCAUGGAGUACAUGGAUGGCGGUUCGUUGGAUUUGAUCCUGAAACGGGCGGGUCGCAUUCCGGAGCCGAUACUGGCGAAAAUAACGUGCGCCGUGCUGAAGGGGUUGAGUUAUCUGAGGGAUAAGCACGCCAUCAUGCACCGGGACGUGAAGCCGAGCAACAUUUUGGUGAACAGCAGCGGCGAGAUUAAGAUCUGUGAUUUUGGCGUGUCCGGGCAGCUGAUCGACUCGAUGGCAAAUUCGUUCGUCGGAACCAGGAGUUAUAUGUCGCCGGAGCGUUUACAGGGCACCCACUACUCGGUCCAGUCGGACAUCUGGUCGCUUGGGUUAUCUCUUGUUGAAAUGGCCAUCGGAAUGUACCCGAUCCCGCCACCGGAUGCCAAAAUGUUGGACUACAUUUUCCAAGACAAGGGCGACGACAGCUCUCCGGGACAGAACAUCAUCGAACCGAAACCGAUGGCCAUCUUCGAGCUGCUGGACUACAUUGUCAACGAACCACCCCCGAAGCUGGAGCAUAACUCGUUCACCGAUCGGUUUAAGGACUUCGUCGAUCGGUGUCUGAAGAAGAACCCCGACGAGCGGGCCGAUCUGAAAACGUUGAUUAACCACGACUGGAUUAAGAACAUCGAACAAGAGGACGUGGACAUAGCCGGCUGGGUGUGUAAGACGAUGGAUCUGCUGCCCUCUACACCGAAGCGCAAUGCGUCGCCGAACUAAGUUCAGAGAAAGAAAGUCUUAAUUAUGCGCAACUUUUGUGGGUGGAUGGCGCCGUAUAAGUUGGAUGUCCCAAAAUGUUCCCUGAGUGCAAUGCGGCAUGCUUGCUCUGAGUUUUAUUUUAAGUAAUUCGUUUUAAAUUGUAUUUUAAUUGUGUACAGUGUAACGUGUUUAAUUUUUAUUGAUUUUGAGCAUGUAUAUUUCUCAGUUUAUGAGUUUUACAUUACAGAGCGAUGCAUUAAAUGCAAUAAAUAAAAUGUAUAAUCAAUAUGAUAUAAAAAUAACACUUUUACAAAUAGAUGUCAAUAUAGCCAUUAUAGUUGGGUCUUACAGCAUAUUCGGAUGUUGAAUAGAGAUGCAUGAAAGAUAGGGGAAAUCGAUACGAAGCGUAAGGACAAGCAUUCCCUAUAUUAUUACUUAAACUCUGAACCUUGAUCCAAGAGAAGCGACCCAUGAAAGCAUUGUAUUGUACGUUUUAAGAGAUUAUUCGAUAUUGGAGAUACAUCCGCAUACAUCAUUCGGCACUACUUCAACUAAUUGCACGGUUGCGAAAAAUGAGCCCAUAUUUAUUGCUAGACAAUAGAUUAAUAAUCAUAACUAAAUUCUUCUACUGCGAUGUGUAGCUGGCAAUACUGAUUGUCAUACGUGAAACUCGAUGCAGCAUACAUCCAUUGACAUACGUGCAGGACAAAUGUAUUAAAAGUAUUUUAAAUUCGAA